GAGCAAAUGAAACUAAUCAAACUCAAAGCGAAGCGAAUAUAGGCUGCGGUAGAAAAAUGUUCAGACCUGACAAUACCAGUGGAUGAAAACAAGAGGGCUAAGAUAGCGACACGGCACGUACUAGUGCCGAUCCCGCCGCGGCCACGACGCACGGAGAAAGAUGUCUGUGCUUUUUCCCAGCACUACCAGUGGCGGAGCAGGAGGUGCGACAACUACCGGCCAGAUAAACCGUCCCUCCCUCGGUGUUCCCGGCAUGCCGAAGCUUUCCGCCAGUUUCACGGCGCAGCCGUUUCAAUUCUACUCAGCGCCGCCAGACCCGGGUCCGCAAUUUGUGCAGAGCAACAACACGUACGCGGCGGCAAAGUUGGAAUUUGGCGCGAAAGUGGAUGGUGGAGGAGGAGGCUUCGCCGGCGCGACAUCAAAUCUUCUUGAGAAGGAGCAAGACCCGACCGGGCCGCCGUCAAGCGCGACGAGUUCUAGCAUGAAUGUGGACUAUAUGAAAAUGCACAACUCCUCCUCCCCCUCAUUUGUCAUGCAAAAUACCUGAUUGACGCCUUGGCGCUAGGCACUGUUUGCAUGACAAGUUCUGGCAGCCCAAAUAGCGCAACACUCCUGUCCGAAUUUGUCAUGCAAAACCGGUAUUCUUGCUGGCGCUUGUCAUGCUGUUCAUGCAAUACAAGUGAGGGGGAGGGGGAGUUGUGCACUUUCAUAGACUAUGGGAAGUACACCUACGAUUUUUCCGCGCCGCCGCCGGUCGACGCGUCCCAGGGACUGUGGAAGAAACCGGCUGGAGGGCUAGAUGAGUGGAAGGAGGUAUAGCUAUAGAUUUGACUUCGAAUUGAACCUUGCAAUACAAACUAGAUGCUGCAUCGAUGAUGUGUGACGUAGUUGUUGUGAAGAUUAUUGUAUGUUGAUAGUGCACGAAAAACAUUAUUUUGCAAAGUCCUCAACAGACUCUCGCGAACUACGAGCGGCUGAUGCAAGCGGAGUUGACCGACCUCUGGCCGCAGCCAGACCUGUUCGACAGGAACGCAAGCACCUCCCCGGCGUUUGAACUACCUCUAUCGACGCCUGACGUUCCCGCGACCACGAUCGUGAACACGCAGGACGGCCCGCCAACGAAGAUGGUCAAUGAUCUGAGCACGGUGUCGGGUUUGCUCGGGUUCGAAUCCUACUUUGGUGGCAGCAGCAGCUCCAGCAGUGCGGCACCAGAAAUAAAACCAAAACCGCUGUUGGAGGAACAAAACUCAACAUCAAAACACUCGAUAUCCGCGGAUCACGGAACAGGUUCUGUUCCACUGAGCCCGGACAUCGACAAAUUUCUAAGGGAAACAGACCACCUAGUCGUCGGCAACACCGCCCGAUCAGCGCCGAGAUCCUACUCUACGGACCAGGAAGAGGGGUUUGCGAGCGUGGUUUCCUGGGCCGGGUCCACGCUGUGGUCGGCUUUAGGUGCAGUGGAGGUAAGUACUCAAAAAGUGUUUGGUGGCGUGGGAGAUCAUACUGUGACGUUUCUCGAUUCCGCGCCUGUUAGGAAUGACUACUACUACAUUUUCGAAACGUCGAUCUCGUGAUAUAGAAAUAUUUCAAAACUCGGCCAAAGGCAAAAUGAAAAUCGAAACUCUUCUUCGUGACAUCAACAUCACCGCGACACUGAAAUCAGUCGUCCCAACCACUUCUGCGGUCCAUGUCGCGUGCCCGAGCUGCCUUACCUCCCAUGCGGGCGGACGGCUCCCUAGCUGGUGCACCAGAGCAACUUGCACCUUUCUCCGCAGCGUCCACCCGCGCACUGAGCGUCGUCCCAGAAUUUGAGACGAAAUCGGCGUCGCAACCGUCGAAGCCAAAAUCUUCACAACCUGCUGGGGCUCCUCCACCCGCAGUAAGUAGUAAAAAACCCCCAGCACGACCACCAGUCGAGCCCAUGUGGUGGGUGCGCAGCAACAUCGACUCGGAGCUCGGCAAGAAACCCAGUUUCGCCGAAAAAGAGUACUUAUGAAUUGCAAAACAAGCAUCGUACUCGUAAAAAUGCAUUUACAAAUUUUCUUAGCAUGGGAAAUCAAAUUUGUAAUGCGGAUUUACCUUAAGGAAAUGAUUUGUAAUGCAUGACUGCAAUUACAACUACGAGUGCGAUACUUUUGCACAGGAUAGCACUUCCAAGUCACCAGCUCGACGUCCAAACAGGAUAGUUUCAUCCCGGAGGAGUCGAGAAAACUGGCGACGGAAGCGAUAUCAAAUGCAAAUAUGUCUGGGUCUGGAACAAAGCAACUUGUGAUGCUGUGUUUGGAUUCUGAAAAGCUUUGUAUUGCAUGACCAGCAACAGGAGUCCAGUUCUUGCUACGCGGAGGGGGCACUUCUCAUGCGGAAUAGGCAUCAGGAAGCCCUCUACAAAUCUGUGAUGCUAGGUCGUGCAUUACAGGCAUCCUGUGCCAUGCAAAAUAUGCAUGCCAAACCUGGCGAUCUACUUCCAGACUCAGACUACAUAUUUGCAAUGCAUAAGCGAGUGGGAACAGCAUAAGCCUGAGUUCCAUCCAACAGCUGCUAAAGGAAAAGGGAAACUGCAGCAUCUCGUGCAGGAAAGGCCACAAAGAGGGCACGCCGAACCACGACGCCUGGUCAUUCCUCCACUACCCGACAAAGCAGUGGGGAGAUUUGAAAAUCUGCGGCGUCUACGACGGCCACGGGAAAUUCGGGGAGGUGACAAGCCAAGUGGUGACCAACCUGAUGGUGAAGUUGUUGGUCGAAAAUUUGGGGAAGAUCAGCGCCGAUAUUCACCCGAAAGGCCCGGGCUAUUUGGACAACAACAUCAAAGAGCUGCGGGGGCUGGGCGGAUGCAUGGAAGCCACCUUUGAACAGAUGCACGAGGUAAUAUCAUGGUUGUUGUGGAGGUUCCAUCUUCAUGCAAUAGAGUGAAAGUGACAAUUGAAAAGAGAAGCUGCAGGCUACUUCCUGCUGCAUCAUGCAGAAUGAUACUUGAAUAACUUUUCGUUUUCUUCUGAUACAAGAUCAAGAUAGAACGCAGCAGCGCAUGAGUGACGAAGAUAGACAAAAAUGUGUUCUAUCAGACCCUGGAGUGCCUCACUGUGAAGACGCUGCAAGAGUACGUCGACGGCGAGGGCGUUUUCCCGGCGGAGCUUGAUGCAAGGGAGUCCGGCACGACCGCAACGAUGAUCCUGAAAGGCGACGGCCCCGUCGAUCCGUGGAUUCUGAUUGGACACAUAGGGGACGGCAAGGCGGUGCUCUUCCGGGUAGGAUUUUUUUCCUUUGGUAUCGCAGUACAGCAUGAUGACAAGCUCAGGAACGCAUCAAUAAUUAUGCGCAUGAAAAAAAGAAAAACAUGAAUUAUACAGGCCAACGGCACACACACUGCGUUGACGAAGGACCAUCGGCCAGACACGCCGGAAGAGAAGGCCAGGAUCGAGGAAGCAGGCACGGCGGAAAUUCAGAGUUUCUACGUUUCCAAGGGCACGGUGAGACCCUGGGACCCGCGGAUUGUCACAGCCGGGCAAACCUGGCCAGCGCUGAACAUGAGCCGAGUGUUUGGCGACUUGCACGCGCACGAACAGGGUGUGACCUGCAUGCCGGAUGUAUUUACUACAAUUGGGAGGUUUUGUUUGUUGAAUGUAGCAGCAGCAUGAGGACAACUACUUACUUGUGUGUCUGACAGACCGACAACAAAAAGAAACUCUCUAGCAUGCCUUCGCCGCUAGUGCGUGCAUUCUUGCAAAAAUCUUGAAAAUAACCCCAGGUCCGCCUCCUCGACGCUAAGCGCGGCGACAUUCUCUGUGUCGCCACCGACGGGGUUUGGGACGUCUUUGAGGAAGUGGAAGAGCUCAGGCCGUUGCUCCACUCCGGUGCCAGUGCGAUUAACGAAGAGGCGAAAAAGCGAUGGAAUGCGCAGCUGGACGACGGCUUUCACGACGACAUUACCUGCGUUGUGAUGAAGCUGUAGUAGGUGUUGUGCGUAGGGCCACAGGGAGGUCACUGCUCGUCUGCGUCUGCGAGGUGGAGUUACAUUUUCCAUACGCCUACCUAUUAGGCGAAGUUGUCAUGAUCUUCCAGUACUAUCUCUUUGCAAGUAGACGAAACAACAACAAACGAACUCAAACAAAACCAAGAUAAACAAAAAGAAAAACGCAUUUCCAUUUUAGCAUCCCUUGCAUGAUUUUUUCAAGUGUAGAUGUGGAUUUCGCCUGGUGCAUGGUGGAGACACAGAAAAUAAGGCUCUGCCUCCAUGCAACAAAGCGUCAAAAGGUAAAACGAGCGCACAUCAUCAACUAAGCUUCGUCUCAAGAAUGCGCGGUCACGCAGUUAUUUUCAGAAGGAUGAAGCUCUCGAG